AUGUUCUCGGGACUUUACGGCGACCUCCCAUCCGCCAAAGGGGAGGAUACGAAACCCUCAGAUGGCCCCUGGGUCGGCAAAGGCCUGGUGGCACCCUCCAGCCUGAACGCCCGGCGAGCUGGGCCAGCUGAAGCCACCUCCUCCGCCGCCGCGGCGAUCGCGUCUGCGGCACCGCUGCCGCAGGGCAGCGCGCCCAGCGUGGCAGACGAGUACGACCCCGCCCGCCCCAACGACUACGAGUCGGACGUCGCGGCGCAGAGGCAUGCACCCCCCGCGCCCGCUGACGAGCGGUCGGCCAGGCUGGCGCUGAGCGGGGAGGAGGCGUGGCAGAAGCGAGGCGCGCCGCAGCGCCCGGCCUGGGCCACGGCGCAAGACCCAGGGGCGGGGGCCGCCGGUCCACCACAGGGCGCGCCGCCGGCAGAGAAGAAGUCCCUGGCGCAGAAAAUGCUGGAGAAGAUGGGCUGGCGCGAGGGCGAAGGCCUGGGGGCCAACCGGCAGGGCAUCUCCACGCCCCUCGCCGUCCAGAAGACGGAUGCCCGGUCCGGUGUCAUCGUCCAAGCGGCCCCCGCCGGUGCCAGGUGCGCUGGAGCCGCCAUGACUGAGGUCGCGGGGGCCCGGGGACUACCCUCUGCGGGCCCCGCGACGCGUGUGGUCCUGCUCAAGAACAUGGUGGGGCCUGGGGGAGUGGAUGACGGUCUGGACGAAGAGGUGGGGGAGGAGUGCAGCAAGUAUGGCACUGUCACCAGCGUGCUCAUAUUCGAGGUCACCGAGCCUGGCUUCCCGGUCGAGGAAGCUGUGCGCAUCUUCAUCCAGUUCUCCAGUGCCGGGGAGGCCACACAGGCCAUGCUGGACUUGAAUGGGCGGUUCUUUGCGGGUCGCGUCGUUGCAGCCACCUUCUACGAUGAAACCAGGUUUGGUGCAUCAGACCUGGCGCCCAGUCAAGAGGAGCUUAAGUCCCUGGAACGGUGA